CAAAAGCACACACACAGCAAGGAGGGGCUGACGACGACGCACCCCUUCCCACACAAACCCCUUGUCCGCUCGUGCAGCAGGAAAGAGAACCGAAACGAGCAGCGAAGCGAGCCACGGAGAGACGCUGUGGUGCCCGAAGAAAGCGAGAGAGAGACGCAACUGAGCGAGCGGAAAGGCGACGAGAGGUUGAUCACACGCCAGCACUUUGAGCUGGCUGAGAUCAGUGAGGAUAUCACAAGACAGGAAGAAGAACCAGGUGCUCUCACACGUUCGCGUGGGUGGUUUUACCGCUGGCGUGGAAAGCCUCACACACAAUUGGGGGAGUUCCUGAACGAGGAGCAUCCAGACCACUGGUAUCGACUGGGUGAGGGAGAGAAAGAGCGAAGAGACAGCGAGUCCGCUGUCACCACAGAGGACGAGCAACACCCAACACAAGCAUGCGCAUCCAACGCGGUGCCAUGCUGGCCCUGUUAUGGGUCUUGGCUGCUGUCAUCACCGUUACAAAUGCUGACUGCACCUCAGACCCGUGCUCUGUGUUUGCAACCUGCACCAAUGACGCCAUGGCGCCCCUUGGCAGAACAUGCGCGUGCGAUGCAGGAUCUUCGGCCGGAAACGGCGAGGUCUGCGUGGACAACAUCACACUCACGCUCAACAGCAGUGACACGUCCUUCGGGUCAGGCGUGCAUCGCGUAAUCGAUGUCGAGGCCGUGUUCACUGUGCCAGAGUUUGAAUCAAAGGUAACCAUCGACUUUACCAUUCCACAAGGCGGUGGCAUGGAUGCAUUCGUGCUGAGCAAAGCCGUCAGCACAACAUCCAGCUCAGAGGUGACAAACGACACGCUUGUCAUCACAAGCCCGAACGAGGGCUCGACCGUCACCAGCAUAACGCUGGUUGGUCCCGCGCUCAACGCGGACCGCUCUGCUGUAGAGACGAGCGGCACCAAAGCCACCAUAACCGCCUCCUACCAAGUCCUUGUGCUCGCACAAGCAGACGCCGGAACAGUCACAUUCUCUGCGAUGGCCACGUACGAGCAGAACAGUGCGCAAGUCACCACCUCUUCAGCAAGCGUGGACUUUACGGUUGCGGAGCCGCAGCUUGAGCACACGCUGAGUGCGACGAGCACGGCGACGGAGCUUGACGCGGGCGACGAGGUGACGCUUGAGCUGACGCUGCAGCACACGAGCGGUGCGAGCGACGCUGCUGCGUACGACGUGUCUGCGACGGUUGCGUAUGACGCGGGCCUUGAGGUGAACGGGGCGACUGUGACGUGCGACGAUGCUGGGUCUGCGACGCUGUGCGAGUCGCGGUACAGCGUGAGCGUGGACAACGGCGCGGGGACGCUGACGGUGACGCUGACGCGGCUCGACGAGGCUGAGGUGCUGACGGUUGGGUUUACGGCGACGCUUGCGCCCGACGCGAGCGUGCACCCGAGCCAGAGCUACGGGCUGAGCCUGUCGACUGUGUACGACAGCAGCCCGCGGGACGGCGCGCAGUACCCUGGGCGGACGUACACGGUUAGCGCCCCGGCGACGGCUGCGAUUACGACGCGGAUGGGCACGCUGUCUGCGCUUUCGCUGGACUCGACGGGGUACGCAGACACGACGCCUGAGACGACGGUGAGCGCGGGCGAGACUGCUGUGCUGAGCGCGGUGAUUGGGCUCCCUGAGGGCAGCAGCCAGGUGAACGUGAGCAUCACGUGGGCUGGCGGCGAGCUUGAGUACGAGAGCUCGCGGGUGUCUGCGGUGUCUGGGAGCAUCACGGCCGAUGCCGGUGCGCCGGACGACGGGUCGGUGACGGGCGCUGCGGGGACGAAGAUUGUGUCCGCCGGUGCCGGGAGCGACGCGGGGGUGCUGUUUGACUUUGGACAGCUGACGAUGCCCGGGAGCGGCGCUGGCGCGCUGGACGACUUUGUGACGGUUGAGGUGACUGUGAGCGUGCCUGUGGACGCGGCUGACGGGAGCACGAUUGUGCUGAGCGUUGGCGGGUUUGUUGGCGCGGACGCGCUGAGCAACACGGGGGUGACGCUGACGGUUGCGCGGCCGGUGCUUGAGGUGACGCGGACGAUUGUGAGCAACCCUGGGAGUGUGGUUGAUGCGGGCGACUCGUAUGUGCGUCGUGUGACGAUUGCGCAUGCGACGGGGAGCAAGGCGCCGGCGUUCGAGGUGUCGCUGCGGGAGGUGGUCGACAGCGAGCUGUCCAUCUCCACGGGGACGGUGUCGUGCAGCGGAGGCGCGGGGUGCUCGUCGACGCUCGGGAACGGGAACACGCUUGAGGCUGUGGUUGCCCGGCUUGACGUUGGCGGCAGCGUUGUGGUUGAGUACACGGCCGCUGUGAUUGCGGAGGUUGAGCCCGGCGACACGAUCAACGAGAGCGGGGGCGCUACGGUGGACUACACUGUUGGGCACGAGGUGAGCGCGGUGACGCCUGCGAUCUCGACGGUGACGGCUGUCGGGGACAACAGCGAGCUUGCGACGGUGCCUGACCCGACGGUUGCGCUGAGCCUGCAGCGGACGUCUGUGUCGCUGAGCCAGGGGACGGAGGUUGUUGCGCAGGAGUUUGUUGGCGUGAAGGCAGCGGUGAGCGUUGCUGAGGUGACGACGGCUGCUGUGCUGACGUUCACGAUCACGACGCCGGCCGAGGUGGCAGUGCAGGACGUGGUUGCUGUUGUGAACUCGACGGGGAGCGCUGUGCCGACGCAGAGCGGGCCGUCGAGCACGGCUGGCGACACGACGACGCUUGACCUUGGGACGGUGACGAACGCUGCCGGGAACGGCGCGCAGGAGCUUGUGAUUGAGCUGCAGUUUUACGUUGUGUCUGCAGUGGGCGAUGGCGUCGACAUCCGUGGGUCGAGCGUGGGCGUGGCGUGCGGGCUUGCGUUUAGCGGGGGCAGCACGAACGCUCCGAGCGACGUGACGCUUGUUGUUGCGGAGCCGCAGCUUGAGCACACGCUGAGUGCGACGAGCACGGCGACGGAGCUUGACGCGGGCGACGAGGUGACGCUUGAGCUGACGCUGCAGCACACGAGCGGUGCGAGCGACGCUGCUGCGUACGACGUGUCUGCGACGGUUGCGUAUGACGCGGGCCUUGAGGUGAACGGGGCGACUGUGACGUGCGACGAUGCUGGGUCUGCGACGCUGUGCGAGUCGCGGUACAGCGUGAGCGUGGACAACGGCGCGGGGACGCUGACGGUGACGCUGACGCGGCUCGACGAGGCUGAGGUGCUGACGGUUGGGUUUACGGCGACGCUUGCGCCCGACGCGAGCGUGCACCCGAGCCAGAGCUACGGGCUGAGCCUGUCGACUGUGUACGACAGCAGCCCGCGGGACGGCGCGCAGUACCCUGGGCGGACGUACACGGUUAGCGCCCCGGCGACGGCUGCGAUUACGACGCGGAUGGGCACGCUGUCUGCGCUUUCGCUGGACUCGACGGGGUACGCAGACACGACGCCUGAGACGACGGUGAGCGCGGGCGAGACUGCUGUGCUGAGCGCGGUGAUUGGGCUCCCUGAGGGCAGCAGCCAGGUGAACGUGAGCAUCACGUGGGCUGGCGGCGAGCUUGAGUACGAGAGCUCGCGGGUGUCUGCGGUGUCUGGGAGCAUCACGGCCGAUGCCGGUGCGCCGGACGACGGGUCGGUGACGGGCGCUGCGGGGACGAAGAUUGUGUCCGCCGGUGCCGGGAGCGACGCGGGGGCGCUGUUUGACUUUGGACAGCUGACGAUGCCCGGGAGCGGCGCUGGCGCGCUGGACGACUUUGUGACGGUUGAGGUGACUGUGAGCGUGCCUGUGGACGCGGCUGACGGGAGCACGAUUGUGCUGAGCGUUGGCGGGUUUGUUGGCGCGGACGCGCUGAGCAACACGGGGGUGACGCUGACGGUUGCGCGGCCGGUGCUUGAGGUGACGCGGACGAUUGUGAGCAACCCUGGGAGUGUGGUUGAUGCGGGCGACUCGUAUGUGCGUCGUGUGACGAUUGCGCAUGCGACGGGGAGCAAGGCGCCGGCGUUCGAGGUGUCGCUGCGGGAGGUGGUCGACAGCGAGCUGUCCAUCUCCACGGGGACGGUGUCGUGCAGCGGAGGCGCGGGGUGCUCGUCGACGCUCGGGAACGGGAACACGCUUGAGGCUGUGGUUGCCCGGCUUGACGUUGGCGGCAGCGUUGUGGUUGAGUACACGGCCGCUGUGAUUGCGGAGGUUGAGCCCGGCGACACGAUCAACGAGAGCGGGGGCGCUACGGUGAACUACACUGUUGGGCACGAGGUGAGCGCGGUGACGCCUGCGAUCUCGACGGUGACGGCUGUCGGGGACAACAGCGAGCUUGCGACGGUGCCUGACCCGACGGUUGCGCUGAGCCUGCAGCGGACGUCUGUGUCGCUGAGCCAGGGGACGGAGGUUGUUGCGCAGGAGUUUGUUGGCGUGAAGGCAGCGGUGAGCGUUGCUGAGGUGACGACGGCUGCUGUGCUGACGUUCACGAUCACGACGCCGGCCGAGGUGGCAGUGCAGGACGUGGUUGCUGUUGUGAACUCGACGGGGAGCGCUGUGCCGACGCAGAGCGGGCCGUCGAGCACGGCUGGCGACACGACGACGCUUGACCUUGGGACGGUGACGAACGCUGCCGGGAACGGCGCGCAGGAGCUUGUGAUUGAGCUGCAGUUUUACGUUGUGUCUGCAGUGGGCGAUGGCGUCGACAUCCGUGGGUCGAGCGUGGGCGUGGCGUGCGGGCUUGCGUUUAGCGGGGGCAGCACGAACGCUCCGAGCGACGUGACGCUUGUUGUUGCGGAGCCGCAGCUUGAGCACACGCUGAGUGCGACGAGCACGGCGACGGAGCUUGACGCGGGCGACGAGGUGACGCUUGAGCUGACGCUGCAGCACACGAGCGGUGCGAGCGACGCUGCUGCGUACGACGUGUCUGCGACGGUUGCGUAUGACGCGGGCCUUGAGGUGAACGGGGCGACUGUGACGUGCGACGAUGCUGGGUCUGCGACGCUGUGCGAGUCGCGGUACAGCGUGAGCGUGGACAACGGCGCGGGGACGCUGACGGUGACGCUGACGCGGCUCGACGAGGCGGAGGUGCUGACGGUUGGGUUUACGGCGACGCUUGCGCCCGACGCGAGCGUGCACCCGAGCCAGAGCUACGAUUUCACCACGCACACCGACUACGACAGCAGCCCCGUCGGCCUUACUCUGUUGACAUCGACGACGGCUGCGAUUACGACGCGGAUGGGCACGCUGUCUGCGCUUUCGCUGGACUCGACGGGGUACGCAGACACGACGCCUGAGACGGCUCCAGAUGAGGCUGUGACGUAUCGGUUUGCGUUUGUGCUGCCGAGCGGCCAGAGCCAAGUUGAUCUGCUGGUUGAAUGGGAUGAGCCCGGGUUUAUUGGCGACGCCAAUGCGGUGUCAUUUGUUGGGUCAGCCGUGUCGAUGACGGGCGUGUCUGAGAACGACAGCGGGACAGGGGUUGGUAGCAACGCGUACCUGUUUGACUUUGGGACGGUGACAGUGACAGCGAACACGCCGGCGAGUGCACGUCGGGUUGAGGUUGAUGUGACGGUUGCUGUUCCCGCUGACGUUGUGAGCGUGACUGAGUUUGACGUGUACGGGCUGAGCGCGACGCUGACGACGGACGGGUACACGUUCUCUGACGCGACGAAUGUGACUGUUGUUGAGACGAACAUGACGGUGUCGCGGAGCGUGGUUGUUGCGCCGAGCGUUGUUGAUGCCGCUGACGAAUACACGUUCAGGAGCGUGGUGUCUCAUCUUGGGGACAGCCUUGCGCCUGGGUAUGAUGUUGAGGUGCGGCAGGAGAUUGACGCGCUGCUGACGUUUACGACGUUUGAUUGUGUGCCUGCUGUGUGCAGUGUGCAGUCCCAGAGCGGGAAUGUGAUGACGCUUGGUGUUGCUGAGAUUGGGCUUGGGACACAGGUUGAGAUGACCUGGCGUGCGAUCGUGAACCAGGAGAUUCGCCCGAACGAUGAAAUCUUUGACAGCGGCAUGACGGAGCUGACGUUCCGCACGAGCAGCCAGUACACGAGCGCGCGGGAGUAUGACACUGUGACCUUGGUUCACAACAGCACACAGCAGUUGUCGACAGUGUUCCAGCCAUCACUGAGUGUGGCCUUCAACCGCACGUCCUUUGAUGAGACGCCUUCGCUCAACGUUGCGAUUCACGAGGAAGUGGGUGUGCGGCUGCUGCUCGACUUGCCUGAGGUGACAACCGACGCCAGCUUCAUGUUGAUUUACGACUUUGCGCCGAGCGAUGCGACACUGCUUGAUCCCAGCGUGAGCGUGGAGAGUGCAGGCAACAUUGUGCAGCCAAACGACAGCCCUGUGACGCUGACAUCUGUGCAAGACCAAACCACGCUGGUGUCAUUUGCAUCCACGACGCUGGUGAACAAGGCCGACAACUCGCUUGUGCCGACGGCGUCGAACGUGUUGGAGGUUGACUUUGUGUUCCGUGUGCCGGACGUGCCUGCGCUGACCUCGUCAUCGACGCUGACUGUGACGGCAAACGUGACGUAUGACGGUGGUGUUGCAUCAGCGUCAGAGACGCUCACGUUUACGAUUGUGACGCCCAACAUCUCGCCAUCGCUCGCCAUCAGCAACAGCGUGGUUGAUUCCGGGGACGUGCGGGUGUACACGCUGACGCUUGUGAACCAGGGCACUGGCCCUGCCUACGAUGUAAAUGCCACUGGAACGCACCCGGCCGGCAUUGUGCCCACGCCAGGCAGUGUGGGGUGUGACAUUUGCGACGGCAGCAAUCCCCUGACAGCGAUUGUGGCAGGCUACGAGGUGUCAGCUUACGUGCCUGUGCUGAGGAAUGGGCAGACGGUGGAGCUGACGUGGAGCGUUGAGUUCACGUCUGACACGGACGUGCGUCGCAACGACGCGUAUGCGGUGCAGGCUGAUGCGGACUACGACACGUCGCCGGAGACGACGGGCUCGUAUGUCGGCCGCCCGCUCUCAAUCACCCAGCAGGAGGUGACAGUGAACAUUGCGGCAUCGACGGUGUCGCUGACGUUUGUGAGCGACAGCAUGACCGAGUCCGCCCCGAGCGACGGCAGCAACCUGGCUGUUGACGAGAGCGCCGUGUACGAGGUGGUGGUGACGCUGCACGAAGGAUCCAGCGAUCUGAAGCUGGAAUGCAUGGUGGCUAGCGUGGCGUACACGGGGUUGAGCGCGAAUGUCACGAGCAUUGACGGCGACCUCAUUGUGGGCGAGCCCACGCUUGCGACCAACGGCUCGAGCGUGCCGCUGACGGCGACCUACAUCGCCGGGUAUGAUGCGUUUGUGUUUGAGUUUGGCGAAGUGACGCACCCGGGCACGACGGCCUACGCGACCGCGCAGAUUGUUGUUCGCUUCUCACUGUACGUUGACUCUGAGCGCAGUGCGAAGGCGGGCGACAGGCCCACCAUCUAUGCCCGCCUGUACGAUGAUGAUACGCGCGUGUCUGCGCCGUCGGUGGCGCCGCUGAUUCGGGAGCCGCUGCUGACAUCCACGGACGUGCUGUCGUCGUCGUACACUGGCGACGCGUGCGAUGAGCUGGUGUAUGAGUACAGGCUGUCGCCGAGCACGAGCAGUUCGCGAUCGGAUGCGUUUGAUGUUGUUGUUACGUUCCAGUUUGACGUGCGGCAGUCGCAGCACAACGACUCGUUCUUCAGCUGCAUCUCCACCUCUGGCGAUGCGCAGUCGCCGGUCACGUCGACGUCGUGUGCCGCCAUCUCCACCGAGCCCACGACACACGAGUACCACGACGGGUAUGUGAUUGUGCGCGCAGCCCACCUGCGCCAGACGGAUGUGCUGUACAUUGCAGCAAAGGCGACGCUGCUGCAGGUAGUGGAGCCGCAGGAGGUGCUUGAGAACGUGGUGUCUGUGUCGUACGACUCGUCACCGCUGUCCUCACCGUACGACGGGCGUGGGUACACGGUGGAUGACCUGACGAUUCGGACGACGAUUGACGACGGCUCGACGGCCAUCUCCGUCAUGACGACGUCGGACGCCACGACGAGCGGGCGGGACCUGACUAUUGAGGAGGAGGCGCUGCUGCAAGUGCGCUUCACGUUCCCUGAGGUGACCGCGCACGCCGUGCUUGAGAUUGACAUUCCAGCCAAUAUGGAGUUCCUCAACGCCACGUUUGCGCACCUUGGCAGCAACAUCCAAGACUCGGCGGUGCAGGAGAGCGACGCGUUUGACGGUGUGAAUUGGCUGUUUGACGAAGUGAACCAGCAGGUUGUUGCCGACCUCGGCACCAUCACCGUCGUGUGCAGCGAUUCCAGCACGGCAGAUGACCAGAUUGACAUUCAAGUUGCUGUGCGGCUGCGAGAUGACUCGAUGAACGACGGCCUGAACCGUGCCACCACCUUUGACGUGGAUGCGCGCAUUUCCUUCCCGGACACGAAGGACGGCGCCAAGACCUCGCCACGCUCGCUGAGGUUUACUGUGGUAGAGCCCGAAUUGGAGAACACAAUCUCCACGAGCGUCAACACGACGACCACCAACGACGCCGGCGACAACAUUGACUUUUUCAUCAACGUGAAGCACACGGACGCCUCCACCGCCAUCGCGUACAGGACGGUGACGCAUGUGUUUAUUGUGCCGCAGUAUACGCUUGAUGCGAGCAGCAUUCAGCUGUCGUAUGGCGGGUCCCUCGCUGCCCCCAGCGUGAACCAGGUCAGCGCCAGCUAUUUCCAGGUUGUUUUGGAGUCGCUGGAGCUGGGGGAGGAGCUCGACGUCGUGUUCACCGUGCGCGUGAACCAGAACGUGCGGCCGGAGCAGGUGGUGACAUCCGAGGUGGAGACCAACUACACCACGACGGGCUCGUCGUUCCCACAGCCUGGGCGCAUCCACGCCGAUGGCGCCGAGUAUGCGCCGGCGAACAACACGGUGGACGUGACCAUGGACCGGGUGUACAUCACGACGCAGCUGGUGGCGACAUCGCUGCCCGAGACGCCAGACCCCUACACCAACAUCCACGAGACGUCGGAGUACGAGAUUGUUGUGACGCUGCCGGAGGUGACAACGGACCUCACUGUGCGGUUCUCGCUGGCCUUUGCGCCGUCGUACACGUACCGCAACGCCAGCGUGCGGAUGAUUGGUGGCAGCGUUGCAGACUCUCUGCUUGCGACUGGGGACAUUGUCGCCUCAAAGUCACCCGUGGAAGUUGACUUCAGCUUUGGCGAGAUUCGCAACUUGUACGACAACGUGGCCAACGCGUCGGACCAGCUUGUGCUCCGCGUGACGGCGCAGUUGGACAACAGCCUGCAGUUCAACAAGGGCGGGCAGACGCGCACGGUCAAGGCAUACGUGGACUCGGACGCCAUCACAUAUGAGGCCGAGUCGUUUGUGGUGAUUGCCGAGCCGGACAUUGAGCUGUGGGUGGACGUGGACAAGCUGUACCCGCUGGACGCGGGCGACGUGGUGACGUACACGGUGAACAUGCCGUGGAUCAGCAGCCCGCCCGCGUACGUGUCCUCGUCCUGCAUCUACGAUAUGACGACAACGCUGGUGGUGGACGACACGCUCUCCAUCAUCAGCGCCGAUCUGGGCACUGUCACGUCCAGCGUGAACAUCAGCGCGGACGCCAAGACGGUGUCAUGGGACACGGCGGUGUACCUGCCCACGGAGUCGCUGGUGUUUACCUUCCAGGCGGUCAUCCUGAACAAGGUGGUGCCUGACGAGCGCAACCUGAUCACGGACGCGGACUACGUGUUUGACAGCCACCGCGGCAGCAUGUACGGCCAGUCCGGCCGCGUGUACACGGACACGGCGAUGGCGCCCGAGCUGACCAUUGACGAGCCCGUGAUUGUGUACACGACGGUAAACAGCAGCCUCCCGCUGACGGCGUUUGAUAAGGACCUGGCCAUCCACGAGAGCGUGCUGGUGUGGGCGAACGCGACGCUGCCGGAGGCGACGACGCGCGCCGUGCUGACGCUGCAGCCCGCGCUGCCUGACUUUGACGCGUGGGUGGUGCUGGACAGCUGGUUUGAGGUGGGCGCGAGCCUCAACUGCACCACCACCCCGGAGCUGACGGACACGGACGCGUUUGCGUUUACAAGCAACGACACGGCGACGUUUGACUUUGGCGUGUGUGUAAACGCGUACGACAACGUGGAGGACGACGCCGACCGCCUGUUUGUGUACGCCGUGUUUGCGCCCAUCGACCACCGGCCGACGGUGGUGAACCAGCGCAACAUCUCCCUGGCGGCGCACCUCGACUACAGCGAUCAGGCGCUGUACUCGCUCAACCGCACGAGCGCCACGCAGCUGCAGUACCGCGUGGUGGAGCCCAACCUGACGACGCUGAUUGAGUUUGCCGCCGCAGAGCCCGUGGAUGCCGGGGACGUGGUCUCGUACACCAUCACCGUUGCGCACAACGGCGAGUCGACGGCUGCUGCGUACGACCUCGUGGUGGUGGCGGAGGUGCACCCGAACAUGGACAUUGUCUCUGCCGACGGCGGCUUGCACGGUGCGCAGCCAAACAUCUCUGCCGACGCAAAGGUCGUCACGUACACGCUGGCGACGCUGCCGCUGGCCGACCCCGUGCUGGUGGUGACGUUUGAGGCCGUGGUGCUGAACAGCAUGGUGCCGACCGAGAUCAACGUGGUUGCGCUGCAGAACGUGACGUACGACAGCCACCUGGAGACGUCGAGCUACGGGCUGCCUGGGCGCGAGGACACACGCGCGUACGUGUGCGACGCGGUGGAGGUGGCGGACCUGGCUAUCCGCUCUGACCUGCUGCUGUCCUCGGACGACAACACGGAGCUGUUUGACAUUGCCGUGAGCGAGACGUACACCUCUGCGGUGACGGUGACGCUGCCAGAGCUGACCAUGAACGUGACCAUCGCCACGGACUUUGUGGUGGACAACGCCACCUGGCUGGUGGACUUUGAGUACCAGGUGGGCGAGCGCGUGGUUUGCACCAUCCCGCGCCCGGCGCCGCAGUUUGUGGACGACAACGGCGACGGCGUGCACGACGGGCUCGUGCUUGACUUUGGCACGUGCGAGAACCAGCGCGACAACGUGGCGGACAUCCACGACAAGAUUGUGGUGACAACCGUGGCGUCGCUGCGGGACACCGCCGUUGCGCAGGCGGGCCAGCCGCUGGUGCAGUCUGCGGCCGUCACGUACACCAAGGAUCUGGUCACGCUCACCGGUACGCUUGCGUCCAACAACCUGACGUACACGGUGGUGGAGCCCGUGGUUGAGCUGACGAUGGACGUGCUGAGCCUGGACCCGACCGAUGCGGGCGACAAGGUGAAGUACGGGCUGACGCUCACGCACACGGAGGCGUCGACGGCGUCGUGCUACGACCUCACCUUCACCGCGCACGCGCACCCGAUGCUGCGGAUUGUGGCUGCGGACGGCGGCCCGCUCGGCGCAGCGGCAAACAUCUCCGCAGACGGCACGAGCGUGGUGUUUGCGUUGUCUGAGUUUGCGCUGUCGACGCGCACGACGUAUGUGGCCUUUGAUGCGGUUGUGCAGAACGACGUGGUCCCCAACGCCGCUGGCCUGUUCUCCGAGUGCAGCGUGACGUUUGACACGUUUCUGCUGUCCAUCUUUGGGCAGGCCGGCCGCACCAUGUCGCUGAACACCACCUCGCCCGAGGUGAACGUGGCGGUGCCGAACAUGGCACUGAUGCUGUACAACACCUCCGAUGCCCUCACCACCCCGGACUCGCACGUGACCAUUGACGAGCUGUACAUCUACCGCUCGCGCGUGUAUGUGCCUGAGGUGACGACGGAGCUGGUGCUGGACAUGGUGUUCAACUCGACGGACAUUGUGGUGCAGCGCAUGUGGAGCGACGUUGGCGCCAACGUGCACUGCGCGGGCGGCCCAGACAGCGGCGGUGUUCCUCGCCUGCUGAGCAACGGCACGCAGGUGAUGCUUGACCUCGGCACGUGCGAGAACCGCUUCGACAACGCGGUGACGAUGGCAGACUACGUCGACCUGUACGCGGAGGUGCACGUCCCAGACAUGCCUGCGCUGGUCGACGGCGUGGUGCUCAUGGGCACGAGCAGCCUCAACUUCACGGACAGCACCAACACGAGCGCGAGCGUGAUGCUGACGGACGAGCGCGCCGUGACGGUGGUGGAGCCGACGAUGCGCAUCAACCUGACCGACCCGGCGGCGGCGUUUGUGAGGCGGAGUCAGCUGGUGCCGCUGCGCGUGAGCAUGACGCCCUCCUUUGGCCACGACGUGGUGGUGACGGUGACGCUGCCCGAGUACCUGCACUACGAGUCGACGGCACACACGAGCGGCGCGUCCAGGCCCGCCUCCACCGUGGACACGGUGCUGGGCAGCGGCAGCACGACGAUUGUGUACGACUACGGCAGCGUGCCCGAGGAGAUGGUGAUUGAGUUUGACGUGAUGGUGCGCGUGGACGCGCAGGCACCCGGCGCACACCCGCUGGACGUGACUGUGGACCUGUCGUACGACUCGAGUCCGCGACCAGGCCUGGGCCGGCCGUACAGCGACAGCGCGGCAUUCCGCACGCUGUACGUGGUGCUGCUGGACAUGGCAACCUCGUACGCCACCAACGACGCCACAACCGCAGGCGGCGACCUGGCGAUUGAGGAGGAAGUGACGUUCAUGACAGCCAUCGGUAUCAAGGGUCCCUCGGCGCUGGUUGUGACGUUUGACCUGCCGACAGACGGCAGCGGACGGCCGCUGGUGGCACUGGUGUCGUCGGCGGUAGACAGCGUUGGCGGCAACAUUGUGGCCACGGAAGGACAGGUGCUGGCGCAGGUGACGGCCAACACGACGUCCGCCACGCAGGUCAUGGUUGACUUUGGUCACGUGGAGAACCUGGUGGAGUCGUCAAGCCUGGCGGCUGGUGACAUGCUCUCGUUCAACGUGACGUUUAUCGUCCUGGACGAGGCGUAUGUUGUGAGCCAGAUGCAGGGCAGCCUGGCGCAGGAGGCGGCGUUUGCGGGCCUGAGCGUGCAGCUGAGCACGCCCGUGCGCAUUGUGGAACCGUUGCUUGCGUCUGCCACGAGCAUCUCGCCCCAGGGCGGCGAUGCUGGCGACGUGCUGACGCUGACGCACCGCAUUUGGCACACGGCCGCAUCGACACACACCGGGUACGAGCUCUCCCUUGUGGUGAGCGUGGACGAGGAAGGCCUGGAGCUGCAGGCCAUGGACGACUACAUCACGCUGACGAGCAACACCACGCUGGGCAGCGCAUCGGAUGUUAGCGCAGAUGGCAGCGUGCUGUACGUGAUGCUGCCGUCCCUACCGCUAGGCGUGAACGCCACGCUUGAGCUGCGCAUGCGCCUGAAGUACAACGUGACGCUUGCCACGACGUACGGCGCGCUGGUGCCGCUGGUGUACACCUCCCGCGCAGUGGCGCCGCGCCGCACGGCGGAGUUGUUCACGUCCGCAUCGAUGCAGACGGACGGCAUGGCGGAUCCAGCGCUCGCGCUCACGGGAUCCACGGCGUCCUUUGGCAGUGGCGAGGGCGGCGUGCCCGUGUUGACGACCGGCGAGCGGUUCAGCAUGUCGCUGGUGCUGCCGUUGCGAGAGGGCCUGAUGACAGACCUGGUGUCGCAGCUGUCCUUCCCACUUGUGGACGGCCAACCCGUCAUGUCUGUCGUGGAGGCGAACAUUACGCGCGCCGGUGAGCAGCUGGCUAUUUCCGGCCUGGAGAUUGUGCCGCUGACGAGUAGCGAUGUGGAUGGCGCGUCCGCCUUCCGCCGCCGCCGCGCGUCUGGUGGCGCCAGCAACAGCACAGGCGGUGGUGAUGCCGGUCCCGUGGCGUCGUCGACGUUCAACGUGGAUGACGAGUAUGUCGGCGCAGAGUUCCGCUUUGGGCGCGUACUGAACAUGCCGGACAACACGUUCAACGCGAGCGACAAGAUUGAGGUGAUGCUUGUGGGCGAGGUGCUUGACGUGACUGCGCUGGGGACCAACGUGCCCGUGACGCUGAGCACGGCGCUGGCCUCUGACGGCAGCAGCGGCGGCGCGGAGGUGACGGUGAACAUUGCGCGGCCCGAGCUCAACGUGACGCUGCCCGGCGCCACGCUGAACGUGAAGCGGCUGGUGCAGGCAGACGGCGUGGUGUUUACGUACGUGACGGUGCCUGUCACCGUAUAUCACACCAACGCCUCUGCGCUGUUGGCGGAGGACGUGCGGACUACGCUGGCAUACAGCGGCAGCGCCGUCUUUGAGCACUGGACGGAUGCGCCGGCGCCGCUGAAUGCAACGCAGCCGUACAACGUGUCGUCGUUUGCGGUGGACGCAGACGCCAUCACGGUGACGCAAGUGCUGCUGGUGGACGAGGCCCUCAACACGCGCGACUCGCUGCUGUGCCUGGAUGCGACAGUGGCAUACACGACACCGCAGGCACGCGUCGGUGGUCGCGUUGCACAUCUCGAGGCUGCUGGGGCACAGUGCUCCAAGCUGGCCUUCCCGGCCCCGAGCAAGUCGUUUAUUGAGACGCUCCAGGGCCAACUCAUCAUCUACAUUGCCGCUGCCGUCGCUUUUAUCGCCAUUGUUGUCGCAUCUGUGAUUCUCGUCAAGAAGAACCGACGCGCAGCAGAGGAGCGGAAGAAGAAGGCGGAGGCGGACGACACGUUUGACUACGGCGCACCAGUCCCGCACCCCCGUGGCAUGGGCGGCGGCGGGCGUCGCUCCGGCAGCGGCCAGCCGCGCACAUAUGUCGACCCCGAGACUGGGGAGGUGCACCACGCGUACGACUACGUUGGACGCAAGGACGGUGGCGCCAUUUACGGCAAGGCCGGGUCUGAGGCCACGUAUGACGAUGUGAAGCUGGCACCGCAGGACGACGAGGAGGACUACGGUCUGGUGCGGUCGGAGGACGAUGACGAGGAGACGUACGACCAGGCGGGCCGCGCACAGUACGAGAUGGGCGACGGCCAGGACGAAGACGACUACGCGCUUGCUGCCAAGUACGACAACCCUGAUGGCGAUGACGAGGACGAUUACGCACUCGCGGCCAAGUACGACAACCGCACAGGCGGGGACGAUGACGAUUACGCACUCGCGGCCAAGUACGACAACCGCACAGGCGGGGACGAUGACGAAGACGACUAUGCACUCGCCGCAAAAUACGAUAACCGCACAGGCGGCGAUGACGACGACGACGAUUACGCGCUCGCCGCAAAAUACGACAACCGCUCUGGCGGUGACGACGACGAGGGCGACUACGCGUUUGCCAACAAGGUCGGUGCUCGCGGAAGCAAGGGCGCCGCCCGCAAGCGCGGAAAGAAGGCGGCUCGCCACUCCGACAGCGACUAUGCGCGCGCAAUGCACGACCGUCGCGGUGGCGGUGGCUCUGGGUCCGACACUGACGACAUCUACGGGCUUGCUGAGGGCGAGGAUGACACGUAUGGCCUUGCUGGCGCGUUUGUGAGCAGCGGCAGCAAUGCGGACGAGAGCGACGACACGUACGGGCUGGCGGACGCUGGCGGUGACGGCGGAUCGAAGCGCAAGAAGCCAAGGAAGAAGAAGCCCAGAAAGGGGAAGAAGGCGUCCAUGGACAUUGACGAGACGUACGGGCUUGCUGGCGACUUCUCUGGCAGCGAGGCUGACGACGACGACGAUGGCGAUGGCGAGGGCGACUACAGCUUUGCCGGCAAGGUGCGGGGCAAGAAGCCGAAGCGAGCUCCGCGCAAGCAGCAGGAUGAGAGCGAGGACGACUAUGGCCUGGCUGGCGACGUGCUGUCGCAGGACAACGCCACGGACGGCGACGCCGAUGACGAUGAUGACGACGUGUACAAGCAGGCGGGCGACGUCAACAGCUCGUCGCUGCAGGACAGCGGCGCACGUGGCGGAAAGAAGGACGACGAUGACGAUGAGCCCGUGUAUUCCCGGGUUCACAAGUGAUCUUGCGCGUCAUGUGCGCGUGAAUGGGUGUGAGUGGAUGUGAGCGUGUGUAUGAGUGUGCGUGUGAGUAUGCGUGAAUGGGCGUGUGCAUGUGUGGUGUGUGGCGUGGCAUUGGUAAUGUGCUCGUUAUUUUUUGUUCUGAGACGGCGCUUGUCAAGUAGUUGUCUUCAACAGCACGGGCGCGUGUUGCUGUAGGGCGGCUGCUUGAGCACUUGCGCCUUUCUUUUGUUUUCUGAUGUUUCGUGUUAGUGUGCUCAUUGACUUGGCACCCCCUGCUAAUUUGUGUACAAUGUUUGUUCCUCCUUUUCCGCUUUGGGUUAUGCUUUCAUAAGAUCUGUUCAGCGUCGCGGCAUAGCAACAUGCCAUGUCAUGUGUGUUCUAGACAUUUGUGUUGUGCCGUGUUGGCCUGUGUCUCGUGUUGAUUAAACAAUAGCGACAGCCGAGA